CUGACUUCGUGCUGCUGAUGUGUGCGUCCCAGCAGUGGAAGGUGUUUGAGUGUGAGCACACAGAGGAGUGGAUGGUUCUGGCCGGAGAGAACAAGGACGACCCUGAACCCAUGGAUGGUCGCCUGUUUAACCCUGCACCCAACUUCAUCAACUGCAGGAGUUACCUGGACAUGGCUAAAGUUUUGGUGUUUCGUCACCUCUUCUGGUUCGUGCUGUCGGUGGUCUUCAUCACCGGGGCCACAAGGAUCUCAGUGUUUGGACUGGGCUACCUGCUGGCCUGCUUUUUUUUCCUGUUGUUUGGGACGCGGCUGUUGGUCAAAUCCUCCAGGACUCGCCUCAUCCUCUGGGACUGUCUCAUCAUGUACAAUGUGGCAGUUAUCAUAUCUAAAAAUAUGCUAUCA